AUGCUUCGAGGGCCCGCCGCCCUGGCUCCCGCGGCCGGGCCGCUCCCGAAGGGGCUGGCCGCGGUGAGCUCCACCGAAGUGUGGCCGCCCGGUCUCAGCAGCCCACAGCUCCGCCAGACCGCCACCGCCUACUACAACCCGCUGUACCCGCAGACUGUGCCACCCGCCGCGGCGCCCGGCACCUGCCUCGACGCCACCCCCCACGGACCGGAUGGCCAAGCUGUGCGGUGCGCGCCGGCCGGCCGGCUGCCGGCCAAAAGGAAGCUAGACCUGGAGGGGAUCGGGAGACCUGCAAUCCCUGAAUUCCGGACCCCCAAGGGGAAGUGCACUAGGGUUGAUGGCCUCCCUAGCCCCAAAACACCCAAGUCCCCUGGGGAGAAGACUCGAUAUGACACGUCGCUGGGGCUGCUCACCAAGAAGUUCAUUUACCUCCUGAGUGAGUCCAAGGAUGGGGUCCUGGACCUGAACUGGGCAGCUGAGGUGCUGGAUGUGCAGAAGCGACGUAUCUAUGACAUCACCAAUGUGCUGGAGGGCAUCCAGCUCAUCCGCAAGAAGGCCAAGAACAACAUCCAGUGGGUGGGCAGGGGAAUAUUUGAAGACCCCACCCGGCCUGGGAAGCAGCAGCAGCUGGGGCAGGAGCUGAAGGAACUGAUGAGCAUGGAGCAGGCCCUGGACCAGCUCAUUCAGAGCUGUUCUGUGAACUUCAAACACCUGACCGAGGACAAGGCCAACAAGAAGCUGGCCUACGUGACUUACCAGGACAUCCGGGCAAUCGGCAACUUUAAGGACCAGACAGUGAUCGCUGUCAAGGCCCCUCCGCAGACAAGACUGGAAGUGCCUGACAGGAGUGAGGAGAACCUGCAGAUAUACCUGAAGAGCACCCAGGGGCCUAUCGAAGUUUACCUGUGCCCGGAGGAAGUACAGGAGCCAGACAGUCCUGCCAAGGAGCCCCUCCCCCCUACUUCCACCCUCAGCCCCAGCCCUGACUGCACCCAGCCCAGCAGCAGCAUCAACUCUGGCAUCCCGGAACCCACGGCAUCCCCAGCGCCAGCGCCGACUUCCCAGCAGGUCCUGCCUCCGCCACCGCCACCGCCACCACCGCCACCGCCACCCCUACCCCUGGUCCCCCUGGAGGCCACUGACAGCAUGCUGGAGCUGCCACACCCGCUUCUGCAGCAGACAGAGGACCAGUUCCUGUCCCCGACGCUGCCCUGCAGCUCCCCGCUGAUCAGCUUCUCCCCACCCUUGGACCAGGACGACUACCUGUGGGGCCUGGACGGGGGCGAGGGCAUCAGUGACCUCUUCGACUCCUAUGACCUCGGGGACCUACUGAUUAAUUGAAUGGCCCUGUCCCCACAGCCCUCCCCUGUUUCUACCUCCUCACCGACCGACUGACAGGCCCCUACCUGCGUAGGGACGGCAAACGCAGGGCGCUGCCCUCAGGGUGGAGGGGGUCCCCGCCUCUCCUUUCCUAACCCUGCAGACU